AUGCCCAUCCCCAUUUACCUCUGUGCGGCCACUUGCACUAUUGUGGUGGCCAUCAUCUCGGACAAAAUCAAGCAUCGAUUUGCAUUCGUUCUUCUUGGAGCGAUCCCUUCGGUUGCUGGUUAUAUCAUUAUGUUGAACAUGCAUUCGGUGUCGCCUAUAACGAUAGGCUGGCUAACCAACAACCUUGGUGGCCACUACAAACGAAGUGUGGGUAUCGCCAUGCAGAUCUCCCUAGCGAACUGUGGCGGCCUCGUGGCAUCAAAUGUCGUUGUGAACAGUGAGGCACCAGAGUAUCCCCUCGGAUUUGGUGUUGGUCUAGGUUUCAUGCUCCUGGCAAUUUUCUCAUCGAUCGCAUUUCUCUUCUACCUGAGAGCAGAGAAUAGGCGGCGCGAUGUUGGAAAGCGGGACUCUCUACUGGAUCUUCCAGCGGAAGAAUUACGCAACCUAGGCGACGACCACCCUUCUUUCAGAUACACUUAUUGA